UUUACAUGUUACGUUAUGUCAUGGUAGUAAACGUAAAAUACUAAUUUAAUACAAAGCAAUAUUUAGUAUUUUUAUAUAAAUAGAUUCAUGUUCUAACAUAAUAUAGUCUAAGUGUUGUAGUGCCCUAUGAGUUUAUUGUGUCCUAAAAGUGUCGUGUAAACAGUGCGUGUCGCUUAAUUGAAAGUAACUUGUUGCGGUGGUGGGCACUGACCACUGAGGAACGAGUUCUUAAAACUUCUUGAAGUUUCCAUGCUUUUUCACGCGAAAUGGAUGAUUUCCAUAAUCAGCCUAGCACACCCAGCUGCGACUAAAAGGCUCGACUGGUGUGGCAGUGGCUGGCGCGGCUCAUGACGCGCUUCAGACAUAACAGUGGAUCGGUGGCGGGUGCGUCGGCGGGGUACGAGGUGACAGCGGGUGCGGUGGCGGGUGCGGCGUCUGAGGUGGGUUCGGUCGCUGCCCGCGACUCGGGCCUCAUGCCGCAAACUGCGCACACGAUGCAGCUCGAGCAGCGAAAGAGGAAGAGCCCAGUCUUUACCGAUGCUUAUGAGAUGUCAGGGUGUGAGUUGCCCCGCUCCUCCUCUUCCACCGCGUCCUCGCAGUUGCUCCAGCCCGCCAGCGCCACGCGCAAAAGGAAACCAUCAUCUUAUUCCGUAACCUCCGCGCCUCUAACAUACGAAGACGAUGGUACUGACGAUUCUCGAUCGGUCCGAACCCUGCCCGAUAAGAGACAGAACCACAGUGAAAUAGAGAAGCGGCGCCGUGACAAAAUGAACACGUACAUAUCGGAGCUGAGCGCGAUGGUGCCGAUGUGUGGGGCGAUAGCUCGGAAGCUGGACAAGUUGACUGUGCUGCGAAUGGCAGUGCAGCAUCUGCGGUCAGUGCGCGGGGCCAUGUCAGCAGGACCGUUGACUGUUCGGCCGAGGCCUGCCUUUCUUUCCGAGCGCGAGCUGAACGCUCUAGUCCUUCGCGCCGCAGCCGAUUGUUUCAUCAUGGUGGUGGGAUGCGACCGAGGGCGGCUGCUGUACCUAUCAGCCAGCGUCACCACAUUGCUUCAUUAUGACCAGUCUGAGUUACUUGGACAGAGUCUUUUUGACAUCCUCCAUCCCAAAGACGUGUCCAAAGUGAAGGAACAGCUUUCCUCAUCAGACCUCAGCCCUCGAGAGAGACUCAUCGAUGCUAAGACGAUGCUUCCAGUGAAAGCGGACCUGGCUCACGGUGCCUCGAGGCUCUGCCCUGGCGCUCGACGAUCCUUCUCUUGUCGCAUCAAAUCUCGCAUAACCCCCGACCGCAAGAUUCCCGAAGAUGAGCGCAAGCCUCCCAAGAAGACCGGCGACAAGAAGUACUGUGUCGUGCAGUUUACCGGCUACUUGAAGUCUUGGGCCCCAGCCGAAAUGUGUGAGCCGGGCGGCUCAACAGAAUGCGUGGGUGAAGACGAGGCCUGCAACCUGUCAUGCCUGGUGGCGGUGGGCCGAGCUGUGCCGGAGCUGCUUUAUCCUCCUCAGCCGCCUUCAGGACCCUCCACUUCCACGGACCGAGCCCCGCAUCCGCCUCUGAGGCAGCUUCAGUUCAUUUCGAGGCACGCGCCCGACGGGAAGUUUUUGUUCGUCGAUCAGAGAGUGACACAGGCGCUGGGUUUCCUUCCUCAAGAACUAUUAGGCAGCAGCGUGUACGAGUACGUGAGUCCUGGCGAACUCGGUAUAGUAGCGCGUGCGCACAAGGCCGCGUUGCUGCGCCGAUCUUCUGCACGAUCGGCUGUCUACUCCUUCCGUCGGAAAGAUGGCCUCUACGCAAGCCUCAUCACCCAUUUCAAGCCUUUUCGCAAUCCAUGGACCAAAGACGUUGAGAAUCUGGUGGCCAAUAACACUGUUCUGGCGAUUGAUGUCCAGCUGCCUGGAAAUGCCGGGUUCGAUGACCAGGUAUACAAAAACUCUGCGCAGGACAGCAUGCCUCCUCGAUUAGAAGGUGAGGAGGGAGAUGUGGAAAUGCAGCGCUUGAUCGACUCGCAACUGGAGUGCCACAAAGUAGGCUCUACUAUCGCGGAAGAGGCUUUGCGCAGACCAUCGAAUGACUUUUCACCUGAAUUGCCGCCUGAUUUGCUGCAGGAUGCCCUCUUCUCUCAUCAGCAGCCGUCACUGGUGGACAACAUCCUAUGCGGCGACGCGGGCGAGAGCAGCGAGACGGUUUGCACAGCCGUCCUCAACAACGUCCCACUCAGCGUAGCGGCAGCUCGGGCUUCGCCCCCCGUCGAGCUGUGCCCCACGCCGCCGCCGCUGUCACCGCCGGCGAUCGACGGAAAUGGGGAAGCCGCCAUGGCGGUAAUUAUGAGCCUCUUGGAAGCGGAUGCCGGUCUCGGUGGACCGGUCAAUUUCUCUGGCCUACCUUGGCCACUGCCCUAAACGUUUCUCUGUGCAAUUAAAAAAACACGUCUUUAUGUUUAUGAUUGCAACUGACGUAUUGUUGUCAAAGACAAUUAAAGGUGGAUAGAAUUAAAACAAGUCUUUGUAUACUCUGAUUUUUAAUUUAAUUCUGACAUUUUUUAAGUGUUGCUACAAAAAAGUUCUACAUCGAAAAAGUUUGACUUAUUUGAGGGCGCCUAAAAAAGUGUAACUUCAAAAAACAUAAACUGUGUUGUUUGAUUGAUUGAUAAAUUAAUUACUUUUAGUAUUUACACUUUAUACAAACUCGUUAAUGACAGAUAAUUUUUAAGCGACACACACUAACAUCUAUAUUAUUAUUUACAGCAAUGAUUUGUCUAUUUACUUUAAUUGUCUUUGGUCAGUAUUUUAAUAGUGAUACACGAUUUGGGCCACCAUCUUGUAAACACAAGCUAUUUGUUAUUGAAUAUCGUUUUGAUUGAAAUACGAUUCUAUUUUAAAUUGUUACUAUUUUCAUUUGACCGUGUCGAGUACUUAUACGCACUGGCAGACGUAUAAGCUCAAAUACGUCAGUGCGUACGUGCAAUAAUUUGUUUUUGAGUACAAAUAUGUGGCGUGGACCGCGGCUCUCGAUAGGGUAGACUUUGAGCUGUGAUUUUAUUUAUAUUGCAUUAAUUAGAUUAUAUAGCAUUGGGGGCUGCUCCUAAUAUUCAUGUGUCAAAGAAUUGUCUUCAAUAUUCGGCUUUUAAGGGGCCAUCCAUAAAUUACGUCACACGAAUUUUAGGACUUUUGAACCCCUCCCCCCGUCCUUGUCACAUUUUUAUAACCCCCCCCCCCCCCCUCCUGAUGUGACGUCACACAUUUUUUAAAUUUAUCUUUAAAUCCUUACCAUUCAAAAUUCUCGUGAAUUUGAGUGUCUCAUUUGCAUUACAAGGCCGCUCUAGAAGUUACAUGACGUUGCAUGAGAGAUUAUCGCAUAGCGAGAAUGUUAAAUUAUUAAGAAAUGUAGUAUAGAUCAAGUUCGUAAAUUUUUAAUUCACAUCCAUACUUUGCGUUUUAGUAUUUUAAAUUUUAACAUGUGACGUCACAAUAGUAUUAACCCCCCCAUGCCCCUUGUCACACGAAGUCACACUUCGGUGAUACCCUCCCUCCCCAUUAACGUGUGACGUACUUUAUGGAUGGCUCCUAAUCAGUGUGAGUAACCCAUCUUCGUCAUGGUACAUGUUCAUACAAUCCAAGCGGAAUUACACGGUAAUUAAACGAGUUAUAUCUAAUGGAAAAAAUAUUCUCUGCAUGUAUUCAGAGGGAAUAAUUUAUUUUUAACAAUUGUGAAAAGCAUCAAGGUUACUUCGAGUUGGAGGUAGAAAAAAGAAAUCAAUUGGACAAUAUUGUUAUAUAGAUUAAGACAAUGUGUUACCAUAAUAUUAUAAUUAUUUAUUUUAGUAGCAGUAUAAUGAAAAUAUUAUAUAAUAUUUGAAAAAUAAUUAUAUAAGAGGUUGGUCAGUUUGUUCUGAGCACUUCGUAAAGCUUUAUUUUGUCUUAUGGUGCGAUACAGUGUAUGAUACUGUAUUUUAUAUUAUAUUUGUUUCUGUAAAUAAUUGUUUAAAUUAUAUUUUUCGAGAAUUUUUGUUAUAUUAUAUAAUUGAUUAUUUUUAAUGAUAUUAGUCAUAAUAUAUGUGUGUUAAAAUAGCAAUGUAGUUUAUUAUUACGUGUAAAGAUAGGUCGCACUACGGGUGUGCUGUAAUUACUUGAGGUUUCCUAGUUAAGUCGUCCCGACUCCGUGAUGUUGCGGCGACUUUAGGGAAAGUAAUUUUGAUUUAACAGCUGCUCUGCCGUACUGCGACUUGAUCGUUAUUGCACAAUUUAGGCUAAAUUACGGCUUCGUCCAAAAAUCAUCGUUUAUUUUUUUUUAAAACGGGUAAACGUGCUUAAAGCUCACCUGAUGUUAAGGGAUACCGUUACCCAUGGAUAUUAUAUUUUGAAAUUUAAUUUAUUGUUAAAUUUCUGUUUGAAAAUUUUGACUGGGACGGUUUAUUGUUAUUGUCAAUAAUUAUAAGUAAAGUAAUGUAUAAUA